AUGCUGCGCGAGCGGACGGUGCGGCUGCAGUACGGGAGCCGCGUGGAGGCGGUGUACGUGCUGGGCACGCGCCUCUGGACCGACGUCUACAGCGCCGCCCCAGCCGGGGCCCAGACCUUCAGCCUGAAGCACUCAGAGCACGUGUGGGUGGAGGUGGUGCGCGACGGGCAGGCCGAGGAGGUGGCCACCAACGGGAAGCAGCGCUGGCCUCUCUCACCCAGCACCACACUGCGGCUCACCAUGAGCCAGCCCAGCGCCGAGGCCAGCAGCGACAAGGUCACCGUCAACUACUAUGAAGAGGAGGGGAUCACCCCCAUCGACCAGGCUGGGCUCUUCCUCACGGCCAUUGAGAUCUCCCUGGAUGUGGAUGCAGACCGGGACGGCGUGGUGGAAAAGAACAACCCAAGAAAGGCAUCCUGGACCUGGGGCCCUGAGGGCCAGGGGGCCAUCCUGCUGGUGAACUGUGACCGAGACACACCCUGGUUGCCCAAGGAGGACUGCAGCGACGAGAAGGUCUACAGCAAGGAAGAUCUCAAGGACAUGUCCCAGAUGAUCCUGCGGACCAAAGGCCCUGACCGCCUCCCCGCCGGUUACGAGAUCGUUCUCUACAUUUCCAUGUCGGACUCGGAUAAAGUGGGCGUGUUCUACGUGGAGAACCCGUUUUUCGGCCAGCGAUAUGUCCACAUCCUGGGCCGGCGGAAGCUCUACCACGUGGUCAAGUACACAGGUGGCUCCGCGGAGCUGCUGUUCUUCGUGGAAGGCCUUCGUUUUCCUGACGAGGGCUUCUCGGGCCUGGUCUCCAUCCACGUCAGCCUGCUGGAGUAUAUGGCCCAGGAGAUCCCCCUGACACCCAUCUUCACGGACACCGUGACGUUCCGGAUCGCUCCAUGGAUCAUGACCCCCACCAUCCUGCCUCCCGUGUCGGUGUUCGUGUGCUGCAUGAAGGACAAUUACCUGUUCCUGAAAGAGGUGAAGAACCUGGUUGAGAAAACCAACUGUGAACUGAAGGUCUGCUUCCAGUACAUGAACCGGGGAGACCGCUGGAUCCAGGAUGAAAUCGAGUUUGGCUAUAUCGAGGCCCCCCACAAAGGCUUCCCUGUGGUGCUGGACUCCCCCAGAGAUGGAAGCCUGAAGGAUUUCCCAGUGAAGCAGCUCCUGGGCCCAGAUUUUGGCUAUGUGACCCGGGAACCCCUCUUUGAGCCUGUCACCAGCCUUGAUUCCUUUGGGAACCUGGAGGUCAGCCCACCAGUGACCGUGAAUGGCAAGACAUACCCACUGGGCCGAAUCCUUAUUGGGAGCAGCUUUCCUCUGUCCGGUGGCCGGAGGAUGACCAAGGUGGUGAGAGACUUCCUGCAGGCCCAGCAGGUGCAGGCGCCUGUGGAGCUUUACUCGGACUGGCUGACUGUGGGCCACGUGGAUGAGUUCAUGACCUUCGCCCCCAUCCCAGGCACAAAGAAAUUCCGGAUGCUCAUGGCCAGCACCUCGGCCUGCUACAAGCUCUUCCGAGAGAAGCAGAAGGACGGCCACGGGGAGGCCAUCAUGUUCAAAGGCUUGGGCGGGAUGAGCAGCAAACGAAUCACCAUCAACAAGAUUCUGUCCAACGAGACCCUCGUGCAGGAGAACCAGUACUUCCAGCGCUGCCUGGACUGGAACCGCGACAUCCUCAAGAAGGAGCUGGGGCUGACUGAGCAGGACAUCAUCGACCUGCCUGCCCUGUUCAAGAUGGACGAGAACCGCCAGGCCAGACCCUUCUUCCCAAACAUGGUAAACAUGAUUGUGCUGAACAAGGACCUGGGCAUCCCCAAGCCGUUCGGGCCCCAGGUCGAGGAGGUGUGCUGCCUGGAGACGCACGUGCGCUCCCUGCUGGAGCCCCUGGGCCUCUGCUGCACCUUCGUGGAUGACAUCUCCGCCUACCACAAGUUUCUGGGGGAGGUACACUGCGGCACCAACGUGCGCAGGAAGCCCUUCACCUUCAAGUGGUGGCACAUGGUGCCCUGACCUGCUUGUGUGCCAGUCGCAGCCCAGUCAACAACCAGUGUUGGGGCUGGACCAGCCCUUGUGGUUUCCAUUAUGAUUGCAAGAUGCUCUUCAGCAAUAACUAUCAGGAAACUUGGGGGAAAACAUUUAUUACUUUUAAUUUUAUUUUUACUUACAGGACCUGGAAAUUACCUGGCACACCUGGGGCCACACAGUGAGGUCAUGGGAAGAGAGACAGACAGAACCCAUGGAACUGGGUUUCUGCUUUUAUGGGCGCUGAGGAUGGGGGCCUAGGAUUUCGAGGGCUCACUGUUUAUUGGUGAAUUUAAAACAUAAGCACGGGAAUUUAAAGCGAGGGAAGAGGGAAAAAACCACGUGGCCCAAAUGGUCAGUUAUCAAAAUCAACCAAGAUCUCUAAAAGAAAGGAGCCUUAGUGGGGGGAAGCCGCCUGGCUCUUCCUCUAGUCGUGUGGCUGGCGAUGUGUUUACUCAAGAUCGCCGUGUUUGAGGUGGAUGCCUUGGUAAUCAAAGCUGAGUCAGGUGCUUAUAUUAGAAGGAGAAAACCCAACUGUUAGGGCUCACACUACAGGGGUCUGGGCACCUUGCUCCUUCCCUGAGUUCUCUAGACUCUUCACACUCCCAAAGCAUCCCCCUGCCUGAUGUGGACUGGAGACCAUGGUGGGGCCUUCAGGCAGUGGGGAGGGAUUUGGGAUGUCUGUGCCUUGCCCUCCAUCAGAAGGGCCUCAGCAUCCACGAAGUCACCCCUGUGAGCCUCCACGUUGUCCUUCCUGAAAAUAGCUGGACAUUUGGCCAGUGUCUGUAUAGCCCUGACGUGAAAACCAAACCAAAACAAGAAUGGCUGUACCCAAACCCUUCCCCAAAGAAUCUUUAGUAUCUUGUCCAAAAUCGAAUGAGGGGAGAUGGGAAGGAGAUUCUGGGAUGAUCAGUUCUCCCAGUAGCCAUGCCCUGAGGGUCAAGGUAGAUGACAUGGAAAGGGAUUCUGGAACCCUAGAUGUACGUUGAACUGUCAUCAUCCUUUGAAAUUCACCUUCCUUGGGGUGUCCAGGUGGUCACUUACAAUUAUUCAUUACUUACCAGCCUCCUUCGAAUCCCCUUGGCUUUCUCUCUGCAGUGUAGACACCGUUGGCUUGUCUCCCCACUCCCUGAGGGUCCAAUAAGUGAGCUUAGAAGCUUCCCUGAAAGCGGAUUUUGUCAGAGCAGCCUUCUCCGUUUUCGAGAUGCUUGUGCUUCUUCUUUCUCAUGGACCCAGGUGCUUGGGGGGUUCUCCCCACACCAGCAUCCUUGUGGCCUGAGAGUUCAGUGUAUAAAGAUGCCCCAGGGUGAGCUGUUUCCAUCUUCUCUUGCCGGGUUCUCCAUUCUCUAGCCAGUCCCUGACCUUCCUCCUCUCACGGCCUCCACUUCCUAUUUCCAUGCCGUUUCUCCAGGCAGCUAGACAAAGACUUCUUCCCCAGCAGCCAGGCUCACACCUUCCCCCAGGACACAAUUAAAGACCUGCCCCUCCUCUCCAGACAUCAGAUCCAACACACAAAUACCCUGUCCUAUCCUCCAACCCGAACAGCCAGUUCUGGGCCAGCUGCUGGACUUAGAGAUGGAUUGAUUAUCCCAUUGAAGUUCCCAAGAGCAUUUGCUGAAGACCCUCUCCUUUGGACGUAAUCAGAUUCAUUUCCUGGCUUCAACUGAAAAGACUCAGUUUCAGCCA